AUGCGAACGGGAAGGAGCGUUGGGGUGCUGGAGUCGCGAGGUUGAGCUAUUUUUCGGCCUGAAACUGGAAAGAGUUGCCGCCGCCCCGCCGCCAGUCCGCGCCGUGCCGACCCCCGCCGCUCGUCCGGGCCGGCCGCGCCCCUGCUUCCGCCCCUCCCUCACGGCCCGUCCGCGUGUGGCGCGGUUGCCGGGCACCGGGGCUGCGGCGGUCGGCGGCCGGGCGGCGGCGGUGCUGACAGCAUCCUACGGCUAGCAUUAAACUUCUCCCAGUGGAGCCACAAAGUAAACAGCUCAUGACUUCUGAUCAGGACGCUAAGGUCGUGGCUGAACCUCAGGGCCAGCGAGUCCAGGAAGGCAAAGACAGCGCUCAUCUGAUGAAUGGUCCCAUAUCUCAAACCACUUCUCAGACAAGCUCCAUCCCAGCUUUGAGUCAGGUGAUUCCCGUCAUCCCAGGUGACAGCAAGGAAAUAGCAGUACCACGUUGCAAGGACACUGUUCUACCACUCAUAUCUGAAAAGCCCUCAAAGGAGGAUUUGCAGAGCUUCCCAGAGGAACUGUACUCCCAGUUUUUUAAUGAACUUUCCUGUUACCCGAUGGCAGAGUUGGCAAGACAGAUGUUUUCUGAAGGGCUGGCAGACGGCUGUGGAUAUCAAGUGGGCUGCCCGUGGACUAAUACAGCUACGAAAGACACGUUAGAAGAGCAGAUAUUUAGUGAGGACCUGCACAGUAAGCCACAGGACCUAGAGAUCUCUUUGUUUUGGAUGGAAAAGCCCCCUUAUCAGCUACCAGUGGCAGAAGAUGGUGUUAUUUGGGGAUGGCAAGAGAGAGGUGGACAGUUAGUACCAACGGCCAAGGUUUCAGAGCUAAACCCUAAUGCAAAAGUAUGGGGGACUCCUGUGUUACACUUGGAAGCCAGUAGUGCAGCGGAUGGCAGUGUGAGCGCAGCCUGGGAGGCGACGCCCGGCCGCGGCCAGGAGGGAUUGGACACCAAUGGUGAUGGUGACAAAAGUCAUGAGAAUGCUGCACUGUCAGAUUUACAGGAGUCAGACCAGACAGCCAUGAGCACUUUGGGUCUGGACCAUUCAGAGUAUGAAUCACCGCCUGAAAAUAGCGAGACGGGAGGAAAUGAAUCUCAACCAGAAAGCCAGGAAGACCCCCGGGAAGUACUUAAAAAAACAUUGGAAUUCUGCUUGUCUAGGGAGAACCUUGCUAGUGACAUGUACCUUAUAUCACAGAUGGACAGUGAUCAGUACGUGCCAAUCACCACGGUAGCUAACCUGGACCACAUCAAGAAGCUCAGCACCGACAUGGACCUGAUUGUCGAAGUGCUGAGAUCUUUACCUUUAGUCCAAGUGGAUGAGAAGGGAGAAAAAGUAAGGCCAAAUCAGAAUCGUUGCAUAGUAAUAUUACGUGAAAUACCUGAAUCCACCCCUGUAGAAGAAGUAGAAGCACUAUUUAAAGGCGAUAACUUACCGAGAUUUAUAAACUGUGAAUUUGCCUAUAAUGAUAAUUGGUUUAUUACAUUUGAAACAGAAGCAGAUGCACAACAGGCUUACAAAUAUCUGCGAGAAGAAGUCAAAACUUUUCAAGGAAAACCAAUUAAGGCACGGAUAAAAGCAAAGGCAAUAGCUAUAAACACAUUUUUGCCAAAGAAUGGCUUUAGACCUCUGGACAUGAGCCUCUACACACAGCAGCGCUACACCGCAUCGUUUUACUUACCUCCGGUCUACAGCCCCCAGCAGCAGUUUCCUCUGUACAGCCUGAUCGCCCCCCAGACAUGGUCAGCGACACAUAGCUAUCUUGAUCCGCCCUUGGUAACGCCAUUUCCAAAUACUGGAUUUAUAAAUGGGUUCACGUCUCCAAGCUUCAAACCUGCAGCAUCUCCUCUGACUUCACUCAGACAAUACCCUCCAAGGAGCAGGAAUCCUAGUAAAUCUCAUCUGCGCCAUGCCAUUCCCAGUGCAGAGAGAGGGCCCGGGCUGUUAGAAAGUCCUUCGAUAUUUAACUUCACUGCGGACCGGUUGAUGAACGGUGUGCGGAGCCCACAAACGAGGCAGACGGGUCAGCCUCGAGCUCGGCUACAGAACCCUCCAGUCUACGCCAAGAGAGACGCGGGGCCCGGCCGGGUGGAACAGAGCAGCCUCGAGUCCUCUCCGGGCUUAGGUAGAGGAAGGAAAAACUCCUUUGGUUACCGGAAGAAACGGGAGGAGAAGUUCACAAGGAGUCAGACUCAGUCUCCAACACCGCCCAGGCCGCCCUCCCCGAGCUUUGAAUUAGGCCUCUCCAGCUUCCCUCCAUUGCCUGGGGCGGCGGGGCAUUUGAAGACGGAGGACUUGUUUGAGAACAGGCUGUCUGGCUUGCUCACAGGAUCGUCCAAAGAAAGGAGCCUGAACGCAGAUGCAAGCACGAACACUCUCCCCGCGGUGCCCCCCCGAGAGCCCUCAGUGCCCUGUGCCGUGUCCACAGCCUGCGAGCGUGCCCCCUCCCCUGCCCACCCACCCGAGGAUCCCAAGGUGGUGGAGAAGCAGAAGGAAACCCCAAGUGUGGACAGACCUUCUCCCACCCUGAGCACGACUGCGAGUAAAUCGGUGCAGGUGGACGGCGCCGGCUCGGAAUUGCGAAAACCCAGCUACGCAGAGAUUUGUCAGAGGACGAAUAGAGAGCCGCCAUCUUCCCCGUUGCAGCCCCAGAAAGAACAAAAGCCAAACACUGCUGGUUGUGGGAAGGAAGAAAAGAAGCUCACCGAGAGAGAGCCCCCUGCCCCCAAGUCCAGCCCAGGACCACCCAAAGACCAGAGGAGACCACCAGGCCGCCGGCCCUCUCCCCCAGCCUCGGGGCGGCGUCUGCACAGAGAACAGAGCCCCCCACCCAGGUCCCCUCACUUAGAGUUCCUGAGACCGGCCUGUGUUGGCGUGAGUGGGGUCUGCUGUCACGGUGUUACUGGGGAGAUGGAAAGUCUUACUAAAACGUUCGAAUAUUUUCAUGCUCUUCUUAAACAUAUUACCUCAGGGUACAGAGUCAGAGACACAGCAUCACAAAUGGCAUUUUAACUUGGACAAUUGUGUGAUGAUACUUGUCAUUUGGAGAGAUAAGAAUGAGAACCCGGCCCCAUUUCACCAGACAUGAAUUCAAGAAGAGUCGUUGCUUUUUAAGAGUCCGUGUCAUGAUGUUUCUGAUCAGGCCCUCUUGUAACUGCAUCACUGGUUGUUACUAGUGGUGGCAAGAAACCUGUCAAGUUGCCACGUGGUCAGGGCCACCAUGGUGCCAUGUGGAGGCCAGUUUGGGGCCUCGGGGGCAGGUACGGCCCGUGUCUGCAUCUGCGUCCGCGGGGAGCGGCGAACAAUCGGCCUGAAGGAGCGGCCACGGCACCAGCUCGCAGGAGGGCAGUGACGCGGACGCCUCGCCAGGGCUUUUGUUUCUGUUCUAUUUCUUUUCAUUAAGACUGGAAUCAAGCUUAUGUGUAAACUAUUGGUAAUUUAAGUUUCCUUUGUGUCAUUCAGUGUAAAAUUGUCUAAUUUGAAAAAAUGUAGGUUAUGAAAAAUAAAGAUUUAG